GAGUUAAGGUCAGAAGGUAUUGUUUUCUGCUUAAUAUCUUUCAGGGAAUCAGGAGCUCAGGAACAUGUCGGGAAAGCCCAGGCUUACGUACUUGAAUGGAAGGGGUCGGAUGGAGUCCAUACGAUGGUUGUUGGCAGCAGCUGGUGUGGAGUUUGAAGAGGUUUAUUUGGAAACAAAAGAGCAGUAUGACAAGUUAAUCAAAGAUGGAUUCCUGCUCUUCCAGCAAGUGCCCCUGGUUGAGAUUGACGGGAUGAAGAUGGUGCAGACCAGAGCCAUCAUGAGCUACAUAGCAGGGAAAUACAAUCUCCAUGGGAAAGACUUGAAGGAGAGAGCUCUGAUUGACAUGUAUGUGGAGGGAAUAUCAGAUCUGAUGCAAAUGAUUUUGAUGUUUCCUUUCUCUCCACCUGAGGCAAAGGAGAAAAAUCUUGAGUCAAUUAAGGAGAGGGCAACUAACAGGUAUUUUCCAGUCUUUGAAAAGAUUUUGAAACAACAUGGCCAAGACUUUCUCGUGGGCAACAAAUUCAGCUGGGCAGAUGUUCAGCUAAUGGAAGCCAUUUUAGCAGUGGAGGAGAAAGUUCCUGCUGUGCUCUCAGGGUUUCCUCAGUUGCAGGUAUUUAAAACCAAAAUGAGCAAUAUGCCUACAAUUAAGAAGUUCCUGCAGCCUGGCAGCCCAAGGAAGCCCCCACCAGAUGCCCAUUAUGUAGAAACUGUGUUGAAGAUUUUUAAGAAAUGAAAGCCUUACCACCUUCGGUGAGACUCAAAGUGCUGGGAGAGUGGGGGAAAGCAGAGCUGCAACCCCAAAUCCUAAGCCAAAGGAGAAGGAAGCUCAGCAAAUUAGUAUUGUUUUAGUUAAAACCAGUGCUAGAGAAACAAAGCAACCUAUACCAGAAAUAAAGCAUUCACUGACAAUGUGAUA